AUGGCUGAGAACACCUAUCAACACGUGCGGUCCCGCUAUGGAGACAUCGCUAAACGCACAGGCACCACCAUCCAUGACAAGGAAGACGACAUUGCAUUAGCCUUUGGGUACAGUGCGCAGGACCUACAUGCUCUUCCAGAUAAAGCAAAUCUAGGAUUGAGUUGCGGCAAUCCUGUGGCACAUGCCAAUAUCAAGGAGGGGGAGACAAUUGUCGAUCUCGGAAGUGGAGGCGGCAUCGAUGUCCUUCUAGCCGCUCGCAAGGUGGGACCAGAAGGAACCGCCAUUGGAAUUGACAUGACGAAAGACAUGAUCAAUCUCGCGAAGAAAAACGCCGAAGCGGCUGGUCUGUCCAAUACUCGUUUUAUUGAGGCGACCAUCACCUCUAUCCCGCUUCCGGAUGCCAGUGUCGACUGCAUUAUCAGCAACUGCGUUAUCAAUCUGGUACCAUCAAAGGAUAAACCGACUGUAUUCCAGGAAAUCGCUCGCUUGCUGAAGCCGGGUGGAAGGGUUGCUAUCAGUGACAUCCUCGCCAGGAAGGAGCUCCCAGCGAAGAUCGUCAACGAUAUGGCUCUCUAUGUUGGGUGCAUUGCGGGGGCCAGUCAGGUCGCAGAGUAUGAAGAAUAUCUCAAACGCGCGGGAUUUAAGAGUACGUACUUCAAUUCCACGCAGAUAUUGCUCUUCGUUACUAAUAUGACUGCAGAUAUUCUGAUUGUCGACACUAAAUCAGACCUCAAUCUGUAUAAACAGUCCUCCUAUCUAGGUCAAAGUAGUUGUUGUGGCCCAGCAGGUUCUUGCAAAGCGUUACCAGCUGAAUAUGCUGAGAUGGAUUUCAACGAAUGGCAGCCUCGUGUAGGACAGGUCUCAAACUGCUGGAGUCUGCAACUGAUCACGGCGCAUUCGAUGUGCAACAAUUCAAGCUUAUUGAGUAAUAAUUUUGCCAUUUGCCGUGUGGAUCUCAGACUUAUUAUGAGUAUUCUUCUAGCUGGAGCAAGCAAUAUCUAUCAUCAGCAAAUCGAACCCUUCCAACUUAGUCGGUUUGGCACAGCUUUCACAGCAGAGACAAACCCCAACAAUACUGGCAUCUCAUCUAAUGGCCCCACUGUAGACGCAAUAGCCUGGCUGCUGUCUGCUCUAAAUAUUGUAAUAGCAACAGCAAUAACCAGCUGA